AUGGCUCAUUCCAUGCUCUCGGUGUUUGCCAUUCUGCUAGCCGUUCUUGCCUCUGUGCUUUAUAGUCCCGUUCAGCGUGUGCUCACAGUAUUUGGAGUAUACCGCAAUGCAAGCUUGACGUCAUCCGCCAAGGACAUUUACACGAUCCCAGACACUCUGCAGUGCGAGGACACCCACUAUUACGCUCCGGGCAAUGUUCUCUUCGCCGCUUGUGAGGAUAGUGUGUUGCAGCGGUUCCGAUGGUUCCCUCCCCUUGUUAUGCUAGACGGCCCCGCCGAUUCGACUGGGUCUAUCCACGUUAUUGAUCCACAGACACUGGUCUCUUCCCGCCUGACGUUCGAAAACUUUCCAGGUCCCUUCGUCACACAUGGGCUCGAUGUCAUCCAGGACCCGGACCAGCCAGAUGCCGUGUAUAUCUUCGCCGUCAACCACCUGGCCAAUCCCGAGUAUACCCCUAAUACAGAUAUCCCAAAGGCUCGCUCUCAAAUCGAAAUCUUCCAUCAUGUCCUAGGAACAAGCACAACUCGCCAUCUCCGCUCUGUUCGGCAUCCACUAGUCACCACACCUAAUGAUAUCUACGCCAUCACUCCCCACUCAUUCUAUGUCACUAACGACCAUUAUUACCGCGAAGGCCUGAUGCGACAGCUGGAGGUGCUGCCGUUCGUCAAAUGGACCGAUGUACUCCACGUGCAGCUGGACCAGCUCACAGCUAUCGACGCAACCACCGGCGUCAAUGCCACAGUUGCUCUGCCUAAGAUGCAUGGCUGCAAUGGGCUGGGGCGCGGGCAAGCACCUGAGGACGUAAUUGUGGCCAGUGUUACUGGAGGCUUGAUUUGGAGAACUCGAGCGAACGAUGACAAUCCGAGAACACUGUCUAUUCUGGAAGAGAUCGCCGUCGACAGCGCAAUCGAUAACCCGAGCUACUACGAUGAUGUGCAUAAAACAGAAGGGGAUGAUGCCAGCGGAUAUGUCCUUGCUGGUCUACGCCGGGCCAUUGAUUUACCCAAGACGCAUACGGAUCCGAAUGCUACAGAGGGCGUGAUCGUGUGGCACGUCCGGGAGGAUGGCUCUACACGUGUGAUAUUUGAGGAUGAUGGAACGAACAUUCGGUCCGCCAGUACGGCUGUCCUUGUUCCUAUUGAACCGACCAAGGGAGGGUCCAAGGAAGCAAGACUAUUCGUGACGGGCUUCCUAUCCAACGGCAUGGUUGCACUUAGGGUCCAGCUAUAG